CUCUCUGGAUGGAUCGAUUUCUUCGAAUCAGCUGGCGUUCCACCGACUGUGCGUAAAACCUAUGCACAAAUUUUUGUAGACCAUAGAAUCACUGAUUCUGUGGUUGCCGAUCUAGAAAAGGAUCAUUUGAAAGAUAUGGGGAUUACUGUCGUCGGGGAUAUUAUAGCAAUCUUGAAGCAGUGUAAAAAGAUUGGACAUGAAGACACUACUGCUUCCGUUGCGAAGGUUUCCUCCACAACAGUGAUCACGGAAUACCCCAAAAAGUCCGAACCACCUUCAUCGACUCAGUCAACCGUUGUCUCAUCCGGUUCUCGAGCGGCUGGCCGACGCCGACAUACUCCGGAGCUAAAAGGAAACUAUAUUGUAAAACCUCCUUCGGGUACCACCGCAAAAACUAGAAAAAUACUAGCGUUGCUGAAACAAAGAGGUUUGUUUAAUUCUCCCGAUUGGUUUUAUCAAAUAUAUUAA